AUAGACAACGGCAUUGUAAAACUUACGUUAACAAAGCCGACAGGCUUGAUGGCUGGACUUGCUUACAAAGGAGUCAAAAAUAUCUUGGAACGUCGCAAUAAAGAAACACAAAGAGGGUAUUGGGACAUUAUGUGGAGCAGGCCAGAUCAGCACAAAAAAAGCCGUUUCGACACUUGCAGUAUGCAAGCAACAAGGUUUAGGGUUAUAGAACAAACUGAAGAUCAAAUAGAGGUUUCAUUCUCUUCCACGUGGCGUGUCUCCCAUGGUGAAAAUUUAGUUCCUCUCAACAUAGACAGGAGGUUUAUAAUUCUGCGUGGAGUUUCCGGUUUCUACUCGUAUUCGAUAUUCGAACACGAAGAAGGAUGGCCUGCUCUUAAUAUCGACGAAGCAAGAAUCGCGUUCAAGCUCGAUAAGGACAUGUUCCGUUACAUGGCUAUUUCGGACAAGAGGCAGAGGAUUAUGCCAACGGCUACCGACAGAAAACGAGGCCACGAGCUUAGUUACAGAGAAGCAGUUUUAUUAUCAAACAGUACCAGUAACCCUAGACUCAAAGGAGAGGUGGACGACAAGUACCAAUACUCGAGUGACAACAAGGACAGCCACGUGCACGGUUGGAUAAGCAACCGGCCCCACGUAGGAUUCUGGGUGAUUACACCAAGUGACGAGUUUCGAGCGGCUGGGCCCGUUAAACCGGAUCUUACAUCUCAUGCGGGCCCCACUUCCUUAGCCGUGUUCUUUAGUGACCAUUAUGCCGGUGCAAAUUACGGAAUUAGAUUACGCGACGGUCAGCCUUGGAAAAAGGUCUUUGGCCCCGUUUUCGUGUACGUAAACUCGGAUUCGGGCAAUAACCACACCACACUUUGGGAGGACGCAAAAAGAAAGAUGUCGGAAGAAACGGAGAAAUGGCCUUAUGAUUUCCCAAAGUCAAAAGAUUAUCCACAUGCAAAUGAGCGUGGGACCAUUCGCGGUCGUUUACUUGUCCGUGAUAGGUACAUCGAACGAGACCUAAUGCCAGCUAAAUCAGCUUAUGUGGGAUUAGCUCGACCUGGCGAUGUCGGAUCUUGGCAAGAUGAUUAUGAGGGCUACCAAUUUUGGACAAAAACCGAUGAAACGGGAUACUUCACAAUAAGAGGCGUUCGACCGGACACUUACAACUUGUACGCAUGGGUUCCGGGAAUUAUUGGCGACUUCAAACACAAAAACGAAGUUAUUGUUCGAAAAGGAAAUGAAAUUCACAUAGGUGAAAUUAUAUACGAUCCUCCAAGAAACGGUCCAACUAUAUGGGAAAUCGGAAUUCCUGAUCGAACGGCUUCUGAAUUCUUCAUACCUGAUCCAGCUCCCGGGCUUAUGAACAAACUAUACAUCAACAAUGAAAAAUUUAGGCAAUACGGAUUAUGGGACCGAUACACGGAUUUAUAUCCUAACAAAGAUCUGAUUUACACCGUUGGAGAAAGCGAUUACCGCAAAGAUUGGUUCUUUGCCCAUGUUACUAGGAAAAUAAACAAGAAAAACUACACAGGUACCACAUGGCAAAUCCAAUUUGAUGUAAGAAAAGUCAUCACUACAGCAUCAUACACUCUCAGGAUUGCUCUUGCAUCUGCUAACUUUGCCGAAAUACAGGUAAGGGUUAACAAUCCGCCAGCAAGGCGUCCACUUUUUUCGACGGGUCGAAUAGGAAAAGACAAUGCAGUAGCAAGACAUGGAAUUCAUGGGAGAUAUUAUCUUUACGGUGUUAGUUUACCGGGUUUUCAGCUUCAAAACGGAAGAAAUAUAAUUUAUUUAAGACAAUCACGAGGUUUAACUCCUUUCGUUGGAGUAAUGUACGAUUAUAUUCGUCUCGAGGGACCGCCCGACGAAGAUUACUAUUAGGCUUCAUCAUGAAUUUCACAAUUGAUCAUCACAGAAAUGUGUAUAUAUAAAGUGAUUUUUUUUCUUCUUGGUGGCAUAAAGGUAAAAUAUAGCUGAGAUAAUUAAAAUUUGAUUUUUUUUUCCCAUUUAUUUAGACAAUGAGAACAAAUUG